AUGAUUAUAGAGAAGCUCUUCAUCAGAUUAGGAAGAAGGAAAUUUCACACCAUUAUAUCUCGAGAAAUAAUCAAGCCCUCAUCUCCAACCCCUUCUCAUUUACAAACUUAUAAUCUUUCCAUCCUUGAUCAAACCGGACGACCAUCAAUAUAUUCGCCAUUGAUUCUUUUCUACCCGAACAAUGGCAUUACUCAACGUUUUACUUUGGAAGACAAGGUCAAGUUGUUGAAGAAGUCGUUGUCGCAAAGCCUAGAACAAUACUAUCCUUUUGCUGGCAGGUUACAUACACACACUACACCGUACGUUGAUUGCAACGAUGAGGGAAUAGUAUUUCUUGAAGCUAGAAACGAUAGCCACAUGGAAUCGUUCCAAAAUAUUAAGGAACAUGAUGAAAGUUUGGAUCGGCUUUUUGCUGAUAAUAUGGUUUGUUUUAACUCUCCUGGUAACACAAGUCUUCUUGGGGUUCAAGUUAAUCACUUUGCUUGUGGUGGAUUAGGGGUGGCCGUGUCUAUGUCACACGCUAUUGGUGACGCUUGUACUCUAGGCUCAUUCGUUAGUUAUUGGGCUUCCAUGGCACGUUAUAACUCCAAUGACCAUGAAGAGGUACGACCCCUUAACCCUCAUUUCAUUCGUCACCCGCGUAAGAUAGUAGAUUCUGAGCCAGAAUAUCGGGAUAUCAAUCAAGGGUAUGAAAUUUGUGUCACGAGAAAAUUCAUGUUUUCUAAUACAAAACUAAGUGAUCUUAAGAACAAGGUGGCAGAUGAAUCAUCACCACGUAUAAUUAAUCCUACACGAGUCGAAGUAUUGACAUCUCUACUUUACAAAACGGCGGUAGCAGCAGCCACCGCAAAAUCUGGUAGCUUUAAGCCAUCUUAUUUGUCAAUGCCUGUUAAUUUACGUAACACAUUUGUUCCAAAGCUUCCACAAACUACCGUGGGUAACAUUUUCACGCAUAUAAUGGUAAUGAGUACACCUACAAAUGAAACUUCAUUAAGUGUAGUAGUUGAUGAGAUACAGAAAGAGAAGGUGCAAGUUGAACGAGUCCAAAGUUUUCCACAGGCUGCUGAAAGACAUGAAUCGUUGUUGUCGAAGUUGAGAAACGAAGAAUUGGAUUUCAGAUCAUAUUGGUGUUCGAGCGUAUGUGGGUUGUCUUAUAACAAAGUUGAUUUUGGAUGGGGAAACGCCAUGGGUGCCACAUUUGCAAUUAGAUCGAUGUCGAUGAGGGGUUUUCUGCUGGGGGAUACUCCUGAUGGCAAUGGUAUCGAAGCACUUGUCAUUUUGGAAAAAGAAGACAUGGACAUAUUUGAAAAUGACAAAGAGAUGCUUUCAUUUUGCCAAAUUAAGCAGGUUUAA